AGGAAUAUUGCUUCAUGAAAGGAGCCCUGUAAUCUGAAAUGCUAAGCAGCACUGGUCACGUUCUGAGCGGUGUGCUUGCACGUGUGGAAAAGCAGACAUGAUACACUGACGGCAUUUGGAAAUAGACUUUGGCGAUAAGAUGGAAGCCUAAAUCUUGAGACUUUAAACCCAAACAGAAAUGGCUCAUGAGUAUUGAAACAAGACACCGAAGAGCCUCCAACACUUCAGUGUGAGCAGUGGAAAAGGAACAACUACCAUGGUAACACUAAUAACAGAAAAGCUGCAGAACCAGAGCUUGGAUGAUCUGACGUGUAAAACGUACAAUAUUAAUCUGUACUCAUCUGAGAAGUUGAACAAAAGUGGCAGCUUGUUCCCUUUCGAAAUCAACGAAGACAGUCCUUGGAAAGCUUUAAAUGGGGGUUGCUCAAUCCAGACUGAUACGACCAGGAAUUCAGCUUACCCUUUCCCAGUGUGCCCGUUCAGUACAGGCACGGCCAAUAAUGGUAGUCUGCAAUGGCAGCAAGAAUCUUCCAGUACGUCCAUGGUGUCGGGAUGGAUAAGUGAAUUAAACCUUAACGAAAAUUCAGGUCAGCCGUUGGCACCACCAACAAAACGCCACUGUAGAUCCCUCUCUGAGCCGGAUGAGCUGGCUCGCUGUCGCUCCCCGUGGAAACCUGGCAGCUCGAAAGUCUGGACUCCUGUGUCAAAGAGACGGUGUAAUAGUGGUGGUAGUGCUACUUUGCAACGCUGCAACAGUCACGGAAGUGCGACCUUACAGAGAAGCACAAGUAUCAGUCUGCCACAAAACAUACUGUCAUUAAAUAACGUCUUCACUAUCACCAGCUUCAAUACGUCACCAGUACCCAGACCUUCCUCGGCGAGCAGUGGUUUUGUGGACAGUAGCGAGGGAAGCACAAGUUCGAGCACCCGCUGGAAUUCUGGAGGGCCUUGUGACUUUAACCCAAGGCGGCGCCUCUCCCUCUCCCAGGAGCACAUCACCGAGACAGGGAAUCUCUUGCCUUCAGCUAACAGCACUCCCACCUCCACACCCGAGCUCAGUCGGCGUCAAGGCUUGUUGAGAUGCCGCUCGCAGCCUUGCGUUCUGAAUGAGAAGAAAAGUCGGCUAAAGCGCAGACGGGAGGAGGAUGUACGAUGGAACAGGCCAUCGUUAGACUUUUUUAAAAUGACACGGACUUUAAAAAAUUCCAAAAGUCUUUGCUCCCUUGAUUAUGAAGACGAUGAUGAUGACACACAAAUGAAGACAAUUGUGUCAUCCCCAUGUGACUCAAAUGAUCUUAUGAACAUCAUCACCCCUGGUUCCAGUCCAAUGAAAGAACAGCUGGAUGAAGUGAGGCGUCAUGGGUCAUGCCAAGGUAGCUUCAAAGCAAGGAAUUAUAAGAAAGCAGCUGCAGUAUGUGAAAGUGAUGAGGACACAAGUGAUUGUGAGAGCACUGAAGAGGGCAUCUUUCCUCUAGACUGUGGGGACUUGGACCUGGAGCAGAUUGAAAACAACUGA